GCCUACAGCUGCAGUGCAAUAAGAGUUGGGGUGCCAGUUGAAGUUCCCAUAGAACCAAGAUGUCCCUGUGACCCUGAGAACUCUGGGAACAUGUCGCUGGCCUGAAGUGAAGCUGUGUUGUGCUACGGGGGUGACAGAACAGUGGUUGCAUCCCAGUCAGUAGGAGGGAGAGAGAGAGAGAUCCUAUGGGAAGCGCCCAGACAGGCCAGGGAAUGGGAGGAGGAGGCGGGAAGACGGAGGAGGAGGGGACACGUGUAAUGAAGGAGAGAAGAGCAGAGUUACUUUCAGAAUGACAGAGGCACAGAGAAGCCGGUGCUGAGCGAAGAGACCCAGUAGUGAAAGGAGCCCUGUCCUCGCGAAUCAGGCGCUGCAUCCUGCGGACAAUCUGUUAGGAAUUGUGAUCGGUGCAGAGUUGCCUGGGAAUGAUGGAGAAUGCCUGCCCCUCGUACAGCCGCCGGAGCCCGGUUUGGGAAGAGCUGCAGGAAUGCGACAAGAUGUCCGGUUCAAUGAGGGAGCCUACGGUGGCCCCUGGAGUCCCUACGGGAGAUGAGUCCUCUGACAGCGAGGGGGAGCAUGAGGGGCCGCAGAAACUCAUCCGCAAAGUGUCCACCUCAGGGCAACUCCGCAGCAAGACAAGUAUCAAAGAGGGAUUAUUACUGAAGCAAACCAGUUCGUUUCAGAGAUGGAAAAAACGCUAUUUUAAGCUGCGUGGCAGAACCCUCUACUAUGCCAAGGAUUCAAAGUCUCUAAUAUUUGAUGAAGUUGACCUGUCAGAUGCCAGUGUAGCUGAAUCAAGCACAAAAAAUGUCAACAACAGCUUCACGGUAAUCACCCCUUUCAGAAGGCUUAUACUGUGUGCUGAAAACAGAAAAGAAAUGGAGGAUUGGAUCAGCUCACUAAAGUCUGUCCAGUCAAGAGAGCAUUAUGAGACUGCACAGUUUAAUGUGGAACACUUCUCAGGGAUGCAUAACUGGUAUGCGUGCUCCCAUGCCAGACCCACCUUCUGUAAUGUGUGCAGGGAAAGCCUUUCCGGGGUCACCUCCCAUGGCCUGUCUUGUGAAGUCUGCAAAUUUAAAGCCCAUAAAAGAUGUGCAGUUAGAGCAACAAACAACUGCAAGUGGACCACUCUGGCUUCAGUUGGCAAAGAUAUUAUUGAGGACGAGGAUGGUAUAGCAAUGCCUCACCAGUGGCUAGAGGGGAAUUUGCCUGUUAGUGCUAAAUGUGAUGUUUGUGACAAAACAUGUGGCAGUGUAUUACGUCUGCAGGACUGGAGGUGCCUUUGGUGUAAAGCAAUGGUGCACACAGCAUGCAAGGACCAGUAUCCUCGAAAGUGUCCACUUGGCCAGUGCAAAGUCUCCAUCAUACCUCCAACGGCACUCAAUAGUAUAGACUCUGAUGGGUUCUGGAAAGCAACUUGCCCACCAUCCUGUGCCAGCCCACUUCUAGUUUUUGUUAAUUCCAAAAGCGGAGACAAUCAAGGGGUCAAGUUUCUGCGGCGUUUCAAACAGUUGCUUAAUCCUGCUCAGGUAUUCGACUUAAUGAAUGGAGGACCCCAUCUAGGGUUACGUUUGUUUCAGAAGUUUGACAACUUCCGGAUUCUUGUUUGCGGUGGAGAUGGAAGUGUUGGUUGGGUUUUGUCGGAGAUUGAUAAGCUAAGUUUACAUAAACAGUGUCAACUGGGUGUACUUCCACUGGGUACUGGUAACGACUUGGCUCGUGUACUAGGCUGGGGUGCUUCUUGCGAUGAUGAUACACAGCUCCCGCAAAUUCUGGAAAAGUUGGAACGUGCUAGCACAAAAAUGCUGGAUAGAUGGAGUAUUAUGUCGUAUGAACUGAAAUUGCCAACAAAGCCUUCUAUACUUCCCUUAUCGUCAGAGGAGGAAUCUGAAGAGUGUCAAUUUCAGAUAUCAGCAUAUGAAGAUUCAGUGGCUACUCAUCUUGCUAAAAUUCUAAAUUCGGACAAACAUUCAGUAGUGAUUUCCUCUGCUAAGGUUUUAUGUGAAACUGUUAAGGACUUUGUUGCAAAAGUUGGGAAGUCUUAUGAGAAACCAAUCGAAAACUCAGAGGAAUCUGAAUCCAUGGCUUUAAAAUGUUCAACUCUGAAUGAAAAAUUGGACCUGCUGCUUCAGACUCUACAUGCAGAGUCCCAGGCUGCUCCAAUACUAGCACAUUCCACCCCCCCUAUUGUGGAAGAAGAAGUUGAGGAAGAGUUCUCCAGCGAAGACUCCCUGUCUGAAAGCAGAGAACAGUUAGCUGACAGCAUACCAAAGUCUUCCAGCCAGAAGUUCUUCAAACCAAGAGAGCAACUCAUGCUGCGAGCUAACAGCCUGAAAAAAGCUGUCAGGCAGAUAAUAGAGCAAGCUGAGAAAGUGGUAGAUGAGCAGAAUGCACACACGGAGGAACAAGAAAUCCAGUCUCCUGAUGAAUACAGGAAGGAGUUGGAGGAAUCUAAAGAGGAAGAAAAAGAUGAGGACACAAAAGAAAAUGAGUUUCAGGAAUCUGGCAAGGUCCCACCGCGGUCGCCAGACAGAUUUAUAAGCCGCAGUUCAUGUACUCACACAGGCUCGUUUUCUGGGCCACCCUUGGCAUCAAGCAAGGAAAACCUACCUGUGUUGAACACUAGAAUAAUCUGUCCAGGUCUGAAGGCGGGGCUAGCGGCAUCUAUCGCUGGGAGUUCUAUCAUCAACAAAAUGUUGCUGGCCAACAUAGAUCCACUGGGGGCUACUCCAUUUAUUGACCCUGAUCCAGAUUCACUGGAAGGGUAUUUAGAAAAAUGUGUAAUGAACAACUAUUUUGGAAUUGGCCUGGAUGCAAAGAUUUCCUUAGAAUUUAACAACAAGCGAGAAGAGCACCCAGAAAAAUGCAGAAGCCGAACUAAAAAUAUGAUGUGGUAUGGUGUGCUUGGCACUAAGGAACUUCUGCAGCGAACAUACAAGAAUUUAGAGCAGAAAGUCCAGCUUGAGUGUGAUGGUCAGUACAUCCCUCUUCCCAGCCUUCAGGGCAUUGCUGUGCUGAACAUCCCGAGCUAUGCUGGUGGCACUAAUUUCUGGGGUGGAACUAAGGAAGAUGAUAUCUUCGGUGCACCAUCGUUUGAUGAUAAAAUCUUGGAGGUGGUAGCAGUUUUUGGAAGCAUGCAGAUGGCCGUAUCUAGGGUGAUUAAACUGCAGCAUCACAGAAUAGCGCAGUGCCGGGCAGUGAAGAUCACCAUAAUUGGAGAGGAAGGAGUUCCUGUUCAAGUUGAUGGAGAGGCAUGGGUCCAGCCACCUGGUGUUAUUAAAAUUGUACAUAAAAACAGAGCUCAGAUGCUGACCAGGGAUAGGGCUUUUGAGAACACCCUGAAGUCCUGGGAGGACAAGCAGAAGUAUGAUUCCUGUAAGCUUCCCCUUCGUCCUCAUCUAUAUUCUCCACAAGCUGUAGAUUUAGCAUCAGAGGAAGAGGUCACACUCAUCCAUCUUUGCUCGAAAGCUGCAGAGGAGCUUAUUACAAGAAUAUGUGAAGCUGCAAAAAUUCAUAGCUUGCUGGAGCAAGAACUGGCUCAUGCAGUAAAUGCCUGCUCACAUGCAAUAAAUAAAGCUAACCCACGCUUUCCAGAGAGUCUAACAAGAAACACUGCCAUUGAAGUAGCAGUAACCGCAAAAGCUUUGCACAAUGAAACAGAAUCUCUCUUGGUUGGAAGAGUGCCUUUGCAGUUGGAAUCCCAUCAUGAAGAGCUCCUGUCCAAUGCACUUCACAAUGUAGAGCUUGAGCUAACAAAACUGGCAGAGAUUCCUUGGCUUUACUUUGUCUUACAGCCUGAUGAGGAGGAUCCUCCUCUGGAAUAUGCUAAAAGAAACAGCAGAAGCACCGUAUUCCGAAUAGUGCCAAAGUUUAAAAGGGAGAAGGCCCUAAAGAAUAAGCCCAGCAUUCAGCCUGUUCAAAAAUGGGGCACCGAUGAAGUGGCAGUUUGGCUGGAUCUUCUCAGUUUGGGAGAGUACAGAGAAAUCUUCAUCCGUCAUGAUAUCCGUGGCUCAGAGCUAUUGCACCUGGAAAGGCGGGAUCUUAAGGAUCUGGGGAUAUUGAAAGUGGGUCAUAUGAAGCGAAUUCUGCAGGGAAUUAAAGAGCUCAGCAAAAAUACAUCUUUAUCGGACAUGUAAAGGCUCUGGUGAAAUCCCUGCAAAGCUCAAGGCUUUGCUAAAUAUCAAUGCUGUUUGGGGCACGUCACUGUCCUUUUGUUUACUGUUAUAUGGCAGCACAAAUAUGCAGCUGGAUGAUGCACAGGCUGAUGUUUGUAAGCGUAUCUUAAGCAUUUACAGUGUUUAGGCUGGAUAAAAAAACCUAUACAACAUAGUUUAAAUAGGUUUGUACCUGCUUAACUUGAAACAUUUGUAAUGGUAUUUGACUAAGCAGUAAGCACUUUGUGCUUAAUAGGUAUUGAAAUAGCACAGAGAAAGGAUUCAAGCUAGCAUCAGGCCUUUGUAGCCUAGCAAGAGUGAAGGUCAAAAUACUGAUAAAAUCAAGGCUUCCAUCGUGGUCUUGAUUCAUGUUGCCUCAGGUACCAUUCACUUACUGGCCAAGGAGUAUGACUGAGAAAAAAAAGCUUUGUACAAAACAAUGCAGUCUUUAUUGCAUGGAGUGCCUGCUAAAUUGUCUUUCAGUUGCAUGACAUAUCCUAAUAUACUAAUACAAAACAGCAGACACAAAAGAACACUUGAACAACUUUUGUAUUCAUUUUAAUAAGGUUAAUUUAUUACUACUGAAGUGGCUCUGUUGCUUAAAGGCACUUUUCUAUUGUGUAUUUGUACAUAUUUUGCAUGAUUAUGUGGGGUCUGUGGGUGUGACCAUGUAACUGAGGUGCCAUGUAUAGUUAGAAUAUGAUGAGUGAAAUGUAUACAUAUUUAUUAUAGCUAGUAACUUCUAAUAACGUAGUAAUGCUCAGUGCUUUUCAAUACGUUUUGUUUUUUUCUAAGGUGGUUAUCUUACAAAAUACCUACUCUGUUAAUGUUCCAUUGGGACUUUACACUUCCUAAUGCCUUAUAGUUAGUGUUUAUUGUGGAUGUUUUACGUUUUAUUUUUAGUCUUAAUUGCUAAUAAGCAGCCAGGGAGGCAAAGCGAUCACGUUCUACAGGAAAAAAAAUGUAUAUGCUGGCCUGUCAUUAGGGUUCUUCAAGGACUGUUAAAAUAUCAUGUAACAAAUACAUUGGCUGUUUCUACAUAUAAAGCAAAACACUUUCUAGUAUUGAUGCAUUUUGUACCACAGUGCAUUUCUAAAUGUACAUUAUUACUAGAAAGCUUUUUUACAGAGUAGUGCAAUACUUAAAGGGAUACUGUCAUGGGGAAAUUUUUUCAAAACUCAUCAGUUAAUAGUGCUGCUCCAGCAGACUUC